AUGGAUUUUGUUGGUCCGCUGCGACCAUCAGAUAGCUGGUCAACAACAGAAGUACGUUCAGUGAAACAUUUACAUGUGUGGACGAUUCGAGGUUUUUCUCAAUGCGAAUGCCGCUACCUUGAAACGCAUCUUAAGAUUAGAGACGUGCCUUUUACGAUUGCUGCUUUGGAAGGAAGUUUUCUAACAUUUCGUAUUAGAGUUCAUCCUCAAGGAAACAAAGAAUCGAAUAAAGAUUUUAGCUUUUUUCAAGUGUUUUGCAAUUUAUCAACAAUGAAAUAUCGGGCGAAAUUUUCAGUUUUUAAUGCAAAAAAUGAAGAGGCAACGACAACGGUUUACACUGGUACUCAACAGCUUCAUGGAUAUUUUGAGUACAUUCGUCGUGAUGUGCUUGUCAAUCAUAUUCAACCGCAAGAUGAAUUGCAACUUGUUCUGAAUUUAAACAUUACUUUUGACACAGUUACAAAAUCAAGUGAUAAUGUGCGCCCUUCUGGCUUGCCGGAGCCAAAAUAUGAUGAGAUCGCUUACGAUUGGGAAGCUAUGUAUAAAAGUGGUCGUUUGGCCGACUUCACUGUCAUUGUUGGUGAACAUCGUAUUCAAGUUCACAAGGCUUUAUUGUCCGCUCGAUCUCCUGUUUUUAGUGCGAUGCUAGAACCGCAUACCGAAGAAUAUAGAAAAAACAGUGUAAAAUUGUAUGAUAUCGAUUAUGAGGUUUUGCAAGAAAUGUUAUUAUAUAUGUACACUGGACGUUCGCCCAACAUUAGUCGCAUGGCUCUAGAAUUACUUUCCGCUGCUGAUCGUUUCCAAUUGUCGGGAUUGAAGGACAUGGCCGAUCAGGUUUUGAGAUCGACAUUAUCUAUUGAAUCGGCCUGUCGUUCACUUAUUUAUGCUGAUAUGUAUAAUUCACAUGAUCUUAAACUUGAAACAAUUAGAUUUAUCGCACAGAAUUCCACUUCCAUCAUAAAAGUACUGUUUAGAUUUUUUUAA